UACACAACAACACUGCUAGUUCCCUUUCUCUGGGAUUUCAGGCGUUGGGGCAUGAACACACCGACCGUGUCUGAACCGGUGUCGAUUGAGAUUAUGCAUAUUAUAUACUACAGUCCAUAGCAGUGAGUAAAUAGUGAUUAUUUUGGAUAAAAGGAGGAAAACGAGACGGAUUGGGAACGUGCGCUUGGGUCGCCUAUUCAGAUUUGAACAGAGCUAAUGGGGAGAUCACACUGUUGGACACUAAGUCUUGGAUGUUAGCACAAUUAAGACCAGACCGUCUACUUCCUCCAUAGCAGCGAUUCCGUACUGCUGUGUUGGAUGCAGCUUAACAAGCAAAUUAAGAGAAAGAAAGGAUUUCUCUCACUCCCAUGGACUAGAUUGCUUCACAAUGAUAAAUAAGUUAAUUUGAAUUAUUGCAGACAAAAUCAAGGAAUCACGUGAGAGAGUAAGAAAGUUAGAGGAAGUUGGGAACCCCGGGCGGCAGUGUGACCUCAGUGCCGUUGUUUCCUGCGUGGGGUCGUUGGUCAUAGGAUGACCAGCCUUUUCCGACGCAGCAGCAGUAAUGGAGGGUCUCGGGGUGGUGGAGGCUCUGGAGCAGGUGAGCUCAACAACACUAGGUCCAACCGGCAAGUUAGACGGCUGGAGUUCAACCAGGCCAUGGAGGAUUUUAAAACCAUGUUUCCUAGCAUGGACUAUGAGGUGAUUGAAUGCGUGCUCCGCUCCAACAACGGGGCCGUGGAUGCUACCAUCGACCAGCUCCUGCAGAUGAGUAUUGAUGGGCAGGGCUCAGAUGACAGCUCUGAUUCAGAUGACAGCAUCCCACCAGAGAUUCUAGAGCGGACCCUCGAGCCGGACAGUUCGGACGAGGAGCCACCUCCGGUCUACUCUCCACCAACAUAUGACAUGCACAUAUAUGACAGGAAAUACCCACAUGCCCCUCCUGUUCCUCCACCCAGAUUUGAGGCACAGCCUCCUCCAGGACACAGGCAAGUUCAAGGUUACAAAAAUUGGAAUCCUCCGUUACUUGGCAACCUGCCUGAUGACUUCCUGCGAAUACUGCCUCAACAAUUGGACAGUAUACAGGGCUCUCAGAGUAGCAUCUCCAAGCCCUCUUCCUCCUCUUGUUCCUCAGUACCUCAGGAGGACGCCACUGUGGCGGUUGCUGCGGGAACAGGCGGAGCUUCGGAGCAGGAACGCAAACUGAAGCAAUAUUUGCAGGAUGAGCGUAUUGCUCUCUUCCUGCAGAACGAGGAGUUCAUGAAAGAGCUGCAGAGGAACCGAGAGUUCCUCGUUGCCUUGGAAAGAGAUCGAUUGAAAUACGAGUCAAAGAAAUCCAAAUCCAGUCAUUCAUCAGCUAGCAUGGAGAACUCCACAGGUGACCUCUAUGCUUCCAGAUCUGUAGAGGUCUGCACAGCAGUCUCAGAUGAUGCUCUGUUCAGAGACAAGCUAAAGCACAUGGGGAAAUCGACCAGGAAGAAGCUGUUUGAAAUUGCCAGAGGGUUCUCGGAAAAGACAAAGCGGAAGAAGUCUAAAAGAAGAACAUUGCUGCGGCAUCAUUCAUUGGGCACAGCCAACUCCACUGCCAACCUCCUAGAUGAUGUGGAAGGAAACCCAUGUGAUGAAGAAAGUCAGCUCAGACGAUUGGCUGCUCAGGAAGAGGAAGAGCCACACAAAGAACCACCAUCAUGAUCCCUCUGUGCUCUUGGGAAAGUAUGGUUUCCAUGGUGACCUCAGAAUGACCCAUGGCUGAUAGCUCUUUAUUUCAGUGGCUCAAGUGCUUAGCUCAGUGCCAGGCAAUCCAAGACUCAAGAGGAAAUAAGGAAGGACUGUAUAUGAUCAUUUUGUAGCAGCCUUUUGCGACCCUGCGAUUAUUGUUACCUGCAUUUGAUUACUAAUAUAAUUAUUGUAUUGUAACAGUUUGUUAAUAUUUGGUUUCAUAUGUAAAACUUAACAGAUAUGGUACUCAUUUCCUGACCGGAAAUAUAUCUUUUUUGUUUUAUGUACCCCCUUGAACCUAAUUGAAGUGAGGGGAAAAAUACCUGUUUGUGAUUUUUGUUGAAAAAUAUAAUUUACUUUAGGAGUUUUUCCUCUUGUUUAUGAUUUGGAGAAAUGCUGACUUGUCACCAUUUGUAAAGAGGCAAAUAUUUUUGUUUAUUACUGUUAAUUUUCUAGCCUAAACAUUUACGUGCUGGCCUUUGAGCGAGAUGAAGCAAUUAAUGGUCAGAUAUUUCAGCACAUUAGUAUUUCCUGAUUUCUUCAUAGACUCUGCACAUUCCCAGAGACUAGCCCAUUAUACUAAUCUGCACAUUAAACAUCAAAGCUUUUUCCUCAAAGAAUGUACCCCAGAAUGUCAAAUGUUCAUUACUGACUCUCGUUCUUACAAAAGCAGUUUGUCCUGUCUUCUUUAUCUUUGCUUUUAAGGAAAGAACAGCAAUAUUCAGGUCUCCAUUCAGUCUAGAGAAUUUGGGGUGCUGAAUAGUCCAUUUCCAUUUCUGUACCAAUUUUCAUACAAUUAAAUAACAGAUACAGACGAGAUGGCUUUCAUUAAGAGGAUGGUAACCAUAGGUCUCCUGCCAAGUAUGAAAUGCACAUUUGUUGUGUAUGUGUUUGCUAUUACAGCUGUACACAUUUCUUGAUGCCAAAUUUAAAUUUUUACACAACUUUAAACAAGGCAAAUCAAUGCAGCUCCUCAUCUUUUCAAUGCCAUAUCUGUUUUGAGAACUUUGGAAUACAGUUUUUUUCAAGUGUGUCUUGAAGUGGUUAGAUUGUUUGAUAGUUUUGACCAGUAUAGUUGUCAUCUAAACAUGUUUUUUUUUUUUUAUAUUAUCUUCAAAACAAACAGAACGAUUUGUAAUGGGUAUGGGUAUAGAACAAUUUGAAUGAUGCUGUCCUUGAACCAACCAAAUGCUGCUGUGUGGUUUGCCUUUCUGUGAAUCACCCUGAAUUAUUUACCCUAAUGCUGUGCUUCCACUAGGUCAUGUGACAGUGUCAUCAGAUCUGCUGUCUAACUGUGAUCAACCAUUAAUAAUGUACCAUUAUGUUCCUUUUUGUGUUGUGCAUCCCAGUAUUGAUUCAAUGUAAAGUAGCCCAUUGGAGGACACUGUGGGACAUCAAUGAUCAGUUUGUUUGUAGUAUAUUAUCCAGCAGUUAGGUCUAUUAGUUGUUGUUUUUUUUUUUGUUUUUUUUUUGCAAGUCACAAAUCUUUAAGUCAGUGUUACAUGUACCAAUGCACACAAAUGUAAUAACUUGUUGAUUCCAGUGUUACUCAUUCACCAUAUUUCUGAUGUCCUUAAUUUCACCGAUAUGCAUAUGGGGGCUUGCUAAUUUUGUCUAAAGGGCAUUGUUAUCUAUGAAAUCAAAAUCAUGUUUUUUAAGGCACUAAAUGUGUUUGUCAAUAAGAAAUUUACCUGUGCUCAAUUGUUGCUGAUUAUAUAGUUAGCCAUAGGCAUCAUCAAUGACAUGUGUGCAUAAACCUUGACCACAUAAUUGUGCUGUGAAGUGUUAAUAGCCAUAAUGAAAUGUGGUGGUGCCAUACAUAUCUGUUUGAAGUUUUGUAUUAUUUUUAUUUAGAUUUUUAUUUAAUGAUGGCACAAAGAACCAAGUCGGUAACACAUAGUUACUCUGCCAUACUUACUGUAAAAAUGAAAAGAUACAUGGAAUGCAAAACGAUAUGUUAGGCAGUAUGUAAGUCUCAGUCACUAUUCACUUUCAUUACAUUUAUUUCCCCACAUACAGUAAAAGUGUAUGUUGAUUGAGGCUGUCAUUCCUGAAAAGUGUGUCUAGAGGUUUUCCAGGAGGUUCCACUGAUGUGGCAUCUGAAGAACCGUAAAUGCUGCCUCAAAUAUCUUUUCGUUUUUACAGUGGUUCGCAGCGUGCACCUUUGCAGCCCGAGUUUUUCUUCCAUCCCGCUUAUGUUUUAUCCUCUCAGGGAACUUGCUCUCAUUUCAUUUUCUGGUUAAAGCACAACUAAAACUGAGAAAAUAAAAGGUUUGCUUUUAAGUUUCAAUAAUAGGCUGUGUAGCACUGCCUUUUUUAACUUUAAUAAAUGAAACCGUUACCAUUUGUUUUCCCACCAUGAGGGUGAUAUGAAAAAUUCAAGGACUGUGUUGACUGAUUGACUCUGGUGCAGUAGCAAAGUUCCAUUUCUUGCUGAUUUGUCCUUGUAUGUUUACUUGGAUUAUGAAAAAAGGUCAUCCUAGUUCAUCUUUGGUCUUUGUAUGAGAGAGAUUAAAUAGAAAUCACUGGCAGAUGAAUUAAGAGAGUGUUGUGUGAGCCACAUGAUUUUGAGCGGCUCAUAUAAGUGGAAUGUACUCUUUAUACUUUUAUAAGAGGGGAGCAACUGUAUAUCCUAAACAAAAUUGACUUUUAUUUGUUUUUUUUUUUUUUUUUUUUUUACAAAAUCUGUUAAAAAGAUUUAGGUUUUGCCAUUUUUUUUCUGUACCCUUAGUUUAUUCUGAAAAAAAAAAAAAUAAAUAAAAAAUAAAAUAAACUAUUUAAAUAAAUAGUUGAUUUUUU